AUGGCCUCAGACAAGCUGAUCUCCUGGGAAGCAAACCGUGUCCGCGGUCGAAGAACCGCCAAAGCUGACAGCGACGCAGACUACCAGGGCUGUCUCACUGCCUACUUCGAGUGGGCGGAGAGCUAUGAUUCCAAGGACUGGGAACGCCUGCGAAAAAUCGUCGCACCAACAGUCCGCAUCGACUACCGCUCUUUCUUGAACAAACUCUGGGAGGCCAUGCCUGCCGAUGAUUUUAUCAAGAUGAUCUCCGACCCCAAGGUCCUCGGUGACCCUCUCCUCAUGACCCAACACUUCUGCGGCGCUUCCAAGUGGGAGAAGGUCAGCGACACCGAGAUCAUCGGACACCACCAGCUCCGAGUUCCUCACCAGAAAUACACCGAUGCUUCGCGCACAAAGAUCAAGGUCAAGGGUCACGCUCACUCAUACAACUUGCACUGGUACAAGAAGGUGGAUGGCGUGUGGAAGUUCGCUGGUCUCAACCCGGACAUCAGAUGGGGAGAGUACGACUUUGACAAGGUCUUUGCUGAAGGCCGUGAAGAGCUCGGCGAGGACGAGGCCAAGAAGGUUGCACAGGAAGCUCAGGGUAUCCCAGCUGAGUGA